AUCUGUAUGGAAUAAAUGGAUAAUGGAAAUAAUGUGACUGAAUUUAUCCUAUUGGGGCUGACUGAGAAUCCAAAGAUGCAGAAAAUUGUUUUUGUUGUGUUUUUCAUUAUGUAUGCUGUAACAAUGGUGGGUAAUAUACUCAUUUUAAUCACUAUCGUCCUCAACCCUAGCCUUGAUUCCCCAAUGUACUAUUUUCUUGCCUACUUGUCCUUUGUAGAUGCCUGCUAUUCCUCUGUUAAUACACCUAAACUUAUUAUAGACUCACUUUAUGAAAAGAAAACCAUUUCCUUCAAUGGUUGCAUGAUGCAAGUCUUUGGAGAACACUUUUUUGGAGGUGCUGAGGUCAUCCUACUCACAGUAAUGGCCUAUGACCGGUAUGUGGCAAUUUGCAAACCCCUGCACUACAUAACCAUCAUGAAUUCGCGAGUGCGUGCCCUUCUAGUGGGUGUGGUCUGGAUAGGAGGCUUCCUUCACGGAACAAUACAGAUGUUCUUCAUAAUCAAGAUUCCAUUUUGUGGUCCCAAUGUCAUAGAUCACUUUAUGUGUGACUUAAAUCCUUUGCUAAAUCUUGCCUGCACUGACACUCACAUCCUUGGUUUAUUUGUUCCAGCCAACAGUGGUUUCAUCUGCUUCUUAACCUUCCUUCUGAUAAUGAUCUCCUAUGCUGUCAUCCUGAGUUCUCUGAAGACUCAAAGUAUGGAGGGGAGACACAAAGCCCUCUCCACCUGUGGUUCCCACAUCACUGUGGUCAUUUUAUUCUUUGUUCCAUGUAUGUUUAUUUACAUGAGACCCGCAACAACCUUUCCCAUUGAUAAAGCUGUUGCAGUCUUCUACACAAUGAUUACCCCCAUGUUAAACCCUUCAAUCUACACGCUGAGAAAUGCACAAAUGAAAAAUGCCAUCAGAAAAUUAUUCAGCAGAAAGGAGAUUAUGGUUAGCCAGUAA